ACAUUGACAACUGUGUACACGAACUGCACUGCACAAGAUAUGCACCGUGCGAUAAGGCCAUCCACAUCACAGCUGUUAAAAGCCAUUUUUCGCGCUUCUACUCCAAAGACCAAAGUCUACUUUCUAGUUUUUGUUCUCACUAUUGUGUAAUUUCGCAACUGGGUCAACCCAACCAGACAUGUACAGACAUUUUGCUUAUUGUCUUCAUAAGGAGGCUUAGUAGUGUCUGCAUAGCGUGCACAAUAAACUGAAGUAUUGGAGUUGGUAGGAGCAUUGUUUUCCACGGGACCUCGACCUCAGCGGGUGUCACUCUGAAAUCUCAACGGGGCGUCAGGCGAUAUUCUCCCGUUGCCCUGCUGCCCUCUGACGCGGUUCUGUCCGUGACAUGCUUGUCAGACCGACCGCUAAUGGAUUCUACCAUCUGAUGGUGCAGAACAUACCAGAAGUCUGUGGUUCAGCACACUCCGUGUACAACUACAAGAGAAAGGUAUCUUUUCAGCAUGGACUAGUUUGACAGUGCCUAAAAAGCCGCAAAAUCUGAAACAAAAACAAAGAUGGCUUCGCCUUCACCCAUGGCAUCACCAUACUUGCAGCUAGAGUUCACAGCCGAAGACGACAUGACGAGGGCGAGUGAUGCCGAAGAUGACGCCGAAGGCACCUCCGGAAAUCAUCGUACAGACUCGACAGCAAUCGGCACCACACCACGCGCGCGUCCAGCUCCACGCAGACGCGCGGUGGACACGCGCCCGCGUGCCAUGCUGAUCUCAACGCGCGCGUUCUUCAUCGCGUUGAUCCUGCUGAUUUUCAUCACCGGCUUCGCGUGUCGGGCCUACGUCUACGGAAUCUUGCGGAUUCUUGAAGAGGAAGUCGACCUUAGCGGAGCAGAGACAGUCACCAUCAUCCUCUCUUACGACAUCGGAUUUAUAACAGUCUUGACCAUCAUAGCCUUGCAGAACCGCAAAGUGCACCGUGCAAGGAGCGUUGGUUUUGGAGGUUUCUUGAUAGGAGUCGGUUUGUUAAUAGUCUGCGUCCCGUACUUUAUUGUCCGAUCUGAUCUCGUGGACGGUCAGUGGUACCUCUCAAAAUACGAACUCUGUGACGAGACCGUCAGACCACCAGACGUCAAUCAAACUGCUGGAGGGCGCCCAUCCCUACCCGUGUACAAUGACCCGCCCAAGACUCACUGGAACAGUGUUGCUUGGAUCGUUCUGGGCUUGGUUCUGGCUGGAAUCGGUGCGGUUCCGCAGUUUCCCCUGGGCAUCACGUACUUGGAGGACAGACUUCGCGGUUUCGGGACGCCAUUUUACGUUGCUAUUUUGUUGUGUGCCUACCUUCUUGGUAUCUGGUGUGGCGAACUGGCCAACAUGUUUAUGUGGCAACACGUGGCCACUGCUAACGGCACCACAGUCACGUUAUGGUGGCUGGGGUUCUUCGUCUCAGCGUUGGUGGCGCUCGUCAUCGGCCUCUUCAUCUUCAUGGCCAAGGAUCCCUACAAGCGGCUGGUGAAGGAGACUAACGGAGCAUCGUCGGCCAUGAUGGCGGGCAGGACGCAGAAUGGACGCGGAUACCGAAGGCUUGAACACGAUGAAGAGGGCAGACCAAAAGCUCUUAAGGUGCCGGCAAGAUGGCGUCGGAUUCUAACGAACCUGCAGUUGGUGUGCCUCGGUGUGGCAGGCAGCUGUGAAGUGGCCCUGCUGACUGGUUUCCUGGUGUUCCUUCCACGAUACGUGGGCACCAUAUCCAAUAUGGGCUGGGGACCAGCGAAGUUUUAUAUUGCAACAACUGUCAUAAGCAGCGCCUGUAUUGGUAUCCUGACGUCAUCCGGGUUAACGCUGUACAGAAAGAUCAAAGCCAGAGGGCUCUUUCGCAUGGUGCUAACUGGAUGCGCGGUGGCGCUGUUCUUCCUGUGGCCGCUGUACAUAUUCAGAUGUGAGAGUCCUGUGAUUGUUGGUGUAUGGACUGGAGAUGGAGCGCCACCAUGGAAUGGGAACGUUGGACAUCUGUUGCCGGGUCUGAACACCACAUCACAGUGCAACAUGGACUGUUGGUGCAGCAAGCUACCCUACCGGCCCGUCUGUGGAUCAGACGGCCGGACAUACCUAUCGCCGUGUCUGGCUGGAUGUCAUGAACAGCAAACGUCGGAUGUAGUCGACUCGCAGGGCUUGAAACUCACGAAUUUCACGGACUGCUCAUGCAUCAUGACCUAUGACAACUCAACUGAUGACCCCGCUUACGCCCUCUCGGGGCCAUGUGCGAGUGACUGCAGCAAUGAGUGGCCAUUCUUGUUUAUGGUGUUCGUCGUGUUCUUCAUGACGGGAGUGCAGUUCGGCCCGAUGAUAUUGUUGUGCAUUCGAUGUGUCAUCCGAGCAGAUCGUAUAGCAGCGUUGAGCUUUCACGUUUCAAUUUGGCACAUACUUGGUUACAUUCCCGCGUUAAUCUACUUCGGCGGCAUUCUUAACCAAUCGUGCGCCCUCUGGGAUCGACCCGAUAGGCAGAAUUACCACGAGUGCGCCCUCUACGACUCGUCUAAACACAACGCCCUCUUCGUCUCCGUGGUGUUAGUUCUGAAAGCCGCUUCGCUGGUUCUCAACAUCGUCGCGUAUAAGUAUAUGAGGAAUAGAGGAUCUAGUGUGAACAUGGAAUGGGCCGACUACGACACUAUUGAGAUGGAACCAGUGGAGGGGCAGACAAACUCUCGACAGACGUAUAUCUGAGAAACCUCAAAAUUUAAGAGUGGAUUAGUUUCCUUCUCUUAUUAGCAAUAAUCGCUGCUUUAUGCCGAUUGUAGUCGACCUUUAAUUUAAAACUCGUUGACAGCAGUGUUCAAUUGAAGGUUAAAGCCUCUGCACUUGCAAACAGAGGUCGUUGGUUCGAGUCCUGUGCCGUGUUUCAUAGCAUAAAGCUGCACUUUUUUGAAAUGUUGUCCUUUUUUAAAUGUUGCCUUAAAAACAAGACUGUCCUCAAGCUGGAAUUUAUCGAGUUUUUCAACGUCAACCAAAUAAUCAGCGCUUUUGCUUUCAAACCUUUAUCGCUACGCCAAGCCAGUUUUCAAUCCAAUUAAAUUAAUUGAUGAUCAUUAUUGUAAAUGAUUGAAAACGUUGAAAAUGAUACUUUAGUGGUGACAGAUUUUACACGUAAUAGGAUGGAUAAGAACUCACAGGUGUGACGAUACGUAAAGUUUCUUUUAUUAAAACCAAAACCAAAUCUUGUAACCUUACACGAUAUCUAAAUAUUAAAACAUCUGAGCAUUAUUCACUUUCAUUAAUUUUCAAAGAUAUUUUAGUAUACAUCUGGAAUAUUCGGAAUGUUCACAUCAUCAAUUCUAGAAAGUUUUAAAAUAGUAUUUUUAAAAUAAUUAAUGAAUACAACACAAUGCAUGACACCUAAAUAUUCCCUUGUAUUUAUUUGAAAGGCACGCAAUCUGCAAAGCGUGGAAUUAAUAUUCACUUAAAAAAUAAGAAAUAUUACACCUGUUUACUUACAUUUAUUGUUUAUUAAACCCAAUCACCAAUUAUUACACCGGAAACAAAAUAUCAAUUAAUAUUGUCUGAGUUUUGUUUACAAAAUAAAUUCGUAAAUGCUGUUCUA